CUGCGGCUGAAGGCGCUCCACCUCUUCGCAGAGCACAAACGACGAGCAGAUGUCGCGGCUGUCUUGCGCAGCCUCGGCUUGCAGGCGCACCUCGAGGAGGUGGGCCUGGCCAGGUCGGACAACGCCGAUCUCUCCGAUGCAGCGCUGGGCGCCUGCCCCAAGAUGCUGACAACAGGACCGCGCCCAGUGCGGUCAGAGAAGCACCCCUGGGGCUUUCCCUGGCUGGAGGGGCGUGAAGCGCUGAAGUGCCAGGUGUCCAAUUUGCCCGUCGACUUCGACCUCUGCGCGCUGCAGACCCAGCUGGCGAGCAUCAAGCAGGCGGCCGGCCUCCGGGGCAAAACGUGGACCGCGGCGCCGUCCACUUGGGCGAGUUCCGCGGUCAACGUCCCGCCGGCAUGUGGCAGCUGCCAGCCGGCGCGCCUCAUUGGCCAGUUUCCGGGGCUGGCCGCCGACCCGCGGCUCUAUCGCUGGAGGCUGCAUUUCGCUGCGAACGGCGCGUGCCGGGGGCUGCUGCCGCAGCCGCCCGCCGGGCUCCAGUCGCUAGAUCGCGGGCGGGGCGACUCCGCGUUCAAGACCGAGGGCGCCGCGACCUGGCCCCCGCAGCUGUGUGGGUGGGUGGCGCAUGGCAUAGGCGGCUUGGCACAGUGGCUCGCUGCCUAUCGUUGGAGGGGCACCAUCUCGCUCUUCGCGGAGUGGCUCACGACGAGGCCGGAUCUGCUCGCGGCGCUCUCGGAGCUCGACGGCGCUACUCUCAGGGGCUACUGCGACGUGAACUCCG